AGAGAAUAUAAUAAAUUAAUUAGAAAAGAGUAAAUGUAAAGCAACGGGCGAAGGCGAACAACUAGGCUUGACUUGGUUGGGGCGGAGGGCAUCUUGACCUCAAGAUGGACACCCACCGUUGGGGUUUCGGUUGGAAAUAUGUUGUAAAGCGCGUUGCAGGAAAAAGAGAGAGAGAGAGAAAGAAGUCGUCUCUCUGUCGGGCCACGUCCCUCGUUCGCCUCUAACCUCCGUGUUCGUUCCGCAGUUAGGUUUACAGCUUCCUUCGCUCAUGGCCGCCGUUCACUCACCAUCAACUCCUUCUUUCACCACCACCGCCGUCCUCCCGUAACAUUUUUUUUCCUUCGUUUUCACUUUCGUACCAUGUUUUCUUACCUCAGCAAUGCCUUGGUGGCAGAACAUUGCCUUCUCUUCUCCCUCUUCCUCCUCUUCCACGUCUUCGUCGCGGCGCCGUCUCACCCGUGCCAGGAAGCUCCGUCAUGUGCGGGGCAAUCACAUUGACGCACUUGUGAGAUCGCGAAGUUCAGCGGAGCCCAAGGAUCUGUUGCCGUUGCCCUCUUCGUCUUCCAGUUUCGACCAUUCGUCUGAGCGCCUGUCGUCCGUGGUGCCGCAUCCGCUGCCGCGCCCGGAAUUGGCUCUGCUUUUUCGUCGCAACGGCGGCUCCAAUUCGAAUUUGAAUUGUGAUCGCCCUCUUCCUUCGCCUAAAGAGGGCCUGAGCAGAGGCUUUGAGGACCGGGAUAAAGGAAAUAGUUUUGUAGGAGAUGGGAAUGGAGAGGUGGCGGUGUCAAGCACCGCAACUGGCAGUAAGGUUGGUUACAAUGAAGCCCGAAAGAGUAUGGAGCAAUUUGACACACUGUCAUCUAGAUACCUGCCUCAAGGUCAAAAUAGUGUGAAAAACAAUCGAGUCAACUUCAAGCUCGAUGUUCCUACUAGGAGUGCUCCAACUAGCUCCCUCUCAAGUCCUGCAGUAAGUCCACAAAGAACAAGUCCUGGGAAUUUGUUCCUUUCUCAAAAUGUGUCUCCUCAAGUAUUUCAAGGUUGGUCAGCACCAGAGAUGCCUGUCUUUGAUAUGGUCACAGGCUUCACUCCUCAAAUGUCCCCUGAGCAAACCAUGUUUAGUACGGAUAAUUCUCCCCUUCACAGUCCAACAGUAAAAAGUCCCCAUGUAAAUCCCCGAAGCCCCAGUGGACCUGCAUCACCAUUGCAUCCAAAAAUAUCCCUUGAAACCUCAACAGCACGGCGUGAAAAUAAUAGCCAUGCCAAUGUUCAUCGGUUGCCUCUUCCUCCAGGAGUGGUGGCACCUCCACAGGCAUCUUCUAUUCAUCCUGUUAUUGCUAAAACAGAGUCAUUUCCAAUGACAACCCAAUGGCAAAAAGGAAAGCUCAUUGGGCGUGGAACAUUUGGAAGUGUUUAUGUUGCCACGAAUCGAGAAACUGGAGCUCUAUGUGCAAUGAAAGAAGUUGAAUUGCUUCCUGAUGACCCAAAAUCUGCAGAGAGUAUAAAGCAGUUAGAGCAGGAAAUUAAAAUUCUUAGCCAACUAAAGCAUCCAAACAUUGUGCAGUAUUUUGGUAGUGAAACAGUUGAAGACCGGCUUUAUAUAUACCUGGAAUAUGUUCAUCCUGGUUCAAUUAAUAAAUAUGUCCGUGAACAUUGUGGAGCUAUUACAGAAUCUGUUGUUCGCAAUUUUACUCGCCAUAUUCUUUCUGGGCUGGCUUACUUACACAGCACAAAGACAAUACACAGAGACAUCAAAGGGGCUAAUUUGCUUGUUGAUGCAUCUGGAGUUGUUAAGCUUGCUGACUUUGGGAUGUCUAAACAUCUAACUGGAGCAGCAGCUGAUCUUUCUCUAAAGGGAAGUCCAUACUGGAUGGCUCCAGAGCUCAUGCAAGCUGUGAUGCAGAAAGAUCAUAGUUCUGAUCUUGCCUUUGCUGUUGAUAUAUGGAGUUUGGGUUGUACUAUUAUUGAAAUGCUGAAUGGAAAACCUCCUUGGAGUGAGUAUGAAGGGGCUGCCGCUAUGUUCAAGGUUAUGAGAGAAUCCCCACCCAUACCUAAAACAUUGUCGUCAGAAGGCAAGGAUUUCUUACGUUGUUGCUUUCGAAGAAAUCCUGCAGAGAGGCCUCCAGCUAUCAAGUUACUGGAACAUCGUUUCCUGAAAAACUCAACACAGCUGGAUGUGCCACUUCUCACCCAAGCAUUUAGUGGAAUGAAAUUGCCGGAUAAAGCUAACAAAUCAAGAGAAAAGUCGAAUGAUAGAGUUGAUCCGGUGCCAAUAUCUCCAAGGAAAAAAACCUCAAAAGGAAAAAAGGCCAGCUUCAUGCAUUACUCUUUUUCUCCAGUGGAACUGGCCAACAAUCUGAUCGUGAAACUUCCGACUUAACAGUGGCCUCUCAUCAUUCCCCACGCUCUACCCUCGAGGCCCUUCCUAGUUUAUCUCCUCCGCAUUCGGGUCAGAGAGCAUAUCAUCUCAGCCCUCCUGCAAAUGUUCCCAGCCCUAUUAAUUAUGGUGCUAAAAAGAAGCGUACGUGGGGGUGAAGCAUCAUUUUCCCUUUUUUACACGGGGGUUGCUGAUACGGUGGCUCUCUUCAACAACUGCUUCAUAGAUCUCCUCGCGGCUAUAGUGAGUAGCAAUAGUAGGUCCUGGGCCUCAUUUUGAUCGAUGACACCUCGUCUGUGAAUUAGCAAAGCUUCUUUGUCCUGGAGCUUAGUAUGGACUGGGAGAUCUAGAAUCAGGUUUUGUAUGUACACUAUUUACUAAUUUAGAGCUACAGCGAUUACAAAGCUCUUUUACCAUGACACUUGCCAAUGUAAUAUUCUCACCUCCUUGUACAAUCGGAAGAGCCAAGUGAACGUGUAGAUAUUGGAUGGUUAAAGCUGCCUCUGUAUUCACCGUUCACUUUCAUUUUUACGAACAACUCGAUGUGACAGUUUGAUAUUAGUCGUUUCAUUUCUAAACUCCGGUUCUGUUGUUGGUUGCCUGCUGAGAGUGAUGGAUUGCUGCUAUGCUCAAACGUUCAACUUCCAAACCUUCAGCUGUUCUUUUGGUCAGAUCUUCCUUCCAACUCUUGCAAUUAACUUUUGCUUUAGCAAUACAAGAACACAGGUAAAAUGCUUUGAUUAUAGACAAAAUUAAAUAUAAUAUAUAUAGAUUUUUUUUCAAAGUUUCAAGUAAAUAAAAACGUGCUUCCGCCAUUGACGAUUAAAUCUUGUAUAUGUCCAAACAUGAAAAGUAUGUAUUGCGAUGAUAUGCAUUGAAUCUCAUCAUUGAUUCAUUCAUGGUUCUUGGGCUCCCUAUGCCAUUUCUCUGGUCCCUAACCUGGAUGCCCAAAAACCAUAGGGUGACAGCUCACUCCCAUGAUCCCAUCAUAUAAAACUAGCCUUUAUUCUAGCCCAUCGGCAAUUAUCAACAAUGACAAACCCCAAAGUCAAAAACAACCAAGAAGCCCACUAAAUGUGGGUGUUAUUCAAUUCCACGUGGCAUGUGUUCAAUCCAUAUCUCAAUGACUUGGACUAUCUCUUUAAACUCAUUUAUAAUCCAUAAAAAAAAAAAAAAAAAUGUUACAUGUACAUUUUAUGUCCCGUUACAAUGUACUUUGCUCCCAAUUUUUUUUUACUUAAUUUUACCUUAAUUUAAUUUAUUUCUGUAAUAUUCAACGAUUAAAAUUUUAACAUAUACUUUUAAGGAUCCGAAUGGAUACCCUAAUGUUUGCCUAUAAAAUUUUAUGACACGUGAGAUGAACUCCUUUAAUAUAAUUAAGCUGGAAGGUUUUGUGGAGUUUACUAAAUUGGAUCUUCCAAAGCUUUUACACGCAGUUAGUUAAGCAAUUGGACAACAGCCAGUCUUUUAAGGCACCUAACCAAUUUGAGGAUCAACUUUUUGACUUGGGGUUUACAACCGUAGGAUGGUCGUCUGCCAAAACCAUCGAACGGCUAAUGCCCCAGAUUCUCCAAUCAUGAUUUAGUCAAUCAAAGUCCACACCACAAAACUUUAUGGAAUUUUUUUUUCUCAAAAGAGAAGGAAAAAAAGAAUGAUCACUGAGCUGAGACCUUUAGGCUUUAAGGGAAGUGCAGUCACGUGAUUUCUGGUUUCUUCCUCACCAUCCCUCCUCCGUCAUUGUUCAUUUUCGCUUCCACUUCCAUACAUCACAUCCAGAGAGACAGAGAGACAUAGAAAGAGAGAAAAGAAAUGGAUCCGCCACCAACCCAAUCCAUAGAGAUUUCCAGCAAAACAUACGACAUACAAGGACAGGACGAGCAGGAAAAAGUCGCCGAUGAAUGCUGCUCAUGCUGCUAUGCUUGUACGGACAACUGCAUUGAUUUCUUUUGCUGUACCGGCCUCUGUUAGAACAUUGAGGAUUGGAAAUGAUAUAUGAUAUAUCAUGUUGCUGUAAUUUCUGGAACUGGAAGGCCUUCAUGGAAAUUCAAUAAUGAAAACUUUUUUCUCCUUUA